AUGCCCAGCGCCACUGCGAUGGCAGUUGGCGCUCUCUCCAGCUCCCUGCUGGUCACCUGCUGCCUGAUGGUGGUUCUGUGUAGCCCGAGCAUCCCGCUGGAGAAGCUGGCCCGGGCGCCGGAGCAGCCGGGCCAGGAGAAGCGCGAGCACGCGUCUCGGGACGGCCCGGGGCGGGUGAGCGAGCUCGGGCGCGCCGCGAGGGACGAAGGCAGCAGCGGCCGGGACUGGCGGAGCAAGAGCGGCCGCGGGCUCUCUGGCCGGGAGGCGUGGAGCAGGCAGAAGCAGGCCUGGGCCGCCCAGGGCGGGGGCGCCAAGGCCGGGGACCUGCAGGUGCGGCCCCGCGGGGACACCCCGCAGGGGGAGCCCUUGGCCGCGGCCGCCCAGGACGCCACCAGCCCAGACCUGGCGCCCACGCCGGAGCCUCCCGAGGAGUACGCGUACCCGGACUACCGCGGCAAGGGAUGCGUGGACGAGAGCGGCUUCGUGUACGCCAUCGGAGAGAAGUUCGCGCCGGGCCCGUCGGCCUGCCCGUGCCUCUGCACCGAGGAGGGGCCGCUGUGCGCGCAGCCAGAGUGCCCGCGGCUGCACCCGCGCUGUAUCCACGUCGACACGAGCCAGUGCUGCCCGCAGUGCAAGGAGAGGAAGAGCUACUGCGAGUUCCGGGGCAAGACCUACCAGACUUUGGCCGAGUUCGUGGUGUCCCCGUGCGAGCGGUGCCGCUGCGAGGCCAAUGGCGAAGUCCUGUGCACGGUGUCAGCGUGUCCCCAGACCGAGUGCGUGGACCCCGUGUACGAGCCUGACCAGUGCUGCCCCAUCUGCAAAAACGGCCCAAACUGCUUUGCCGAAACUGCUGUCAUCCCAGCUGGCAGAGAAGUGAAGACUGACGAGUGCACCAUCUGCCACUGCACCUACGAGGAAGGCACGUGGAGGAUCGAGCGGCAGGCCAUGUGCACGAGGCACGAGUGCAGGCAGAUGUAG